ACACGUGAUCUGAAAUGAUUAAAACCGACCCUUAUCAAGAGAAUCUAACACCUGUCGCUCAUUCUGACAAUCUUGAAGUAUCAUUUCUCCCAGCAUCGCAUUUUUAUGCGUGAAAAGACCAAAAAAGUUUAAUUAAAUAUUCCAUUCGUUAAAAUAAAAAAAGAAAUAAAUAAUACCUUGGAAGUGCAUUUACUUAAGAGACUUUAAAGUUAAGUCACGUGACGAUAUUAAUGCUCCACAACCACAAGCACACACUCCUCAGCACAUCUCUUCUGCGAGUUUCAAAAAUUAUUCGUAAGUACCGUUAAAACUUUUUGAAAUAACUUCUAAAUUUGAAAACUUGUCAAAUUAGUGUUUCAAUAAAAGUCCUAUAUGAUUAUCCUAAUUGUAAAAAUGAGUAAAGAUGUGAAAUUUAUCUUUCAGUCUCCCCCCCCCCCCUCCCAACUUUCUUUUUCACCUUUUUUUUUAAACAGAAGAUUUGGGGUUCAUGACAGCAAAAUCAUGAACCCUCCAAGUAAAUAGAAAUUGCUUUUGACAUACGACCCAAAGUCUUCUUAGUUGAACUUAAAAAAAAGAAAUGUUUUGUUUAACUUUCUGAAGUUCCUGGCAUUGUUCGUGAUUGACGUCUGCAAGUAAAACAAAAAUGGUCCUAAGUUACAGUCUUAAAAAAUUUGGAUUUAGAUUUUUCGUUUAAAUUUAAAGUAGGAAAUAUAUAUAAUAAAAAAAAAGGCGGAAGAUGUUUUAAAUUGGAAAAUGUGGCAUUUCAAAUGAGAUUAAUACUUACAAAACAAAUAAAUGUUUGUUUUACCAUUUUGCAAAAAUAAUGUUUUGAUUCGUGUCAAAAUAUGGCAAAGGGGUAAAUUUAUUUAGAUAUGAGGAUUUGUUGUGUUUUUUUUUUUGUUUUUUUUUUUUUUUUUUUUACAAUUUUCCUAACAUACCAUUUUGUUUUUUGAAAUAGUAGGUAGGGUUCAUUGCGUUAAGACAUUACAGUGGCGUAGCUAGGGCUAGUUCCCCCCGGGGCUCCCACGACUCCGUCUGAAUGCAGGCUAACAUAGCAUAACAUAUAAAACCAUUAUAAUGUUACAUGCUGGCAUGAUAAUCGUAAAUAACAAAACAACUAGAACAUGUAUUUAUAAGUAUGAUCAUUUUUGUUCGUAGGUUCAACGUAACAAGAUCUCAAAGAUGAACACACUAGUUGUGAAAUUACUUGUCGCCUUUGCGUUCUUUGGCUAUUCAACAGACGGUGCAGCAUUUAUGACUAUAGGUAAAAAAAUUUAUAUAUAUUUUUGGAGAAAUAGAAAAAAAAGAUACAUUUCUGGAAAAAGUCUUUCCCGCUUUUCUAUUUAAUUUAAAUUUAAAGAUAAAAGGGAGUGAUGUAUUAGUUUGCUAUGCAUGAACAACCAUUGACGUGAGUCAAAUCAUAAUGUAUUUUGAAUACAUUCUUAGUCCUGGUUAAAAGUCCAACUUGAAAUCUCAAGUCUCCAUUUCCCUCGCAGCUGAACCAAAAGUGUAUAACACCACUUGUCAUUGUUUAUAUUCCAGUUGCCGUUGUCUGUAUCCCACUUGUCAUAGUUUGUGUUCCACCUUGUCAUUGUUUAUAUUCCAGUUGCCAUUGUCUGCAUUCCACUUGUCAUAGUUUGUGUUCCACUUACCAUUCUUUGUACAACAUUUGUCUUUGAUUGUACUCCACUUGUCAUUGUUUUUAUUCCCCUUAUUAUUGUAUGCACCCCCCUUGUUAAUGCAUGCACUCCCCUUUUAUUUUAUUUCCUCCCUUCGUUAUUGUAUUUUCUCCCCUUAUUAUUGUACUUUAUCCUCUUGAUGUUUCAUUUCCCCUUUUUGUUAUUGUAUAUACCGACCUUUUUCAGUGUCAGACUUUGUUAUUAAUAAUUAGUUCUUUAUUCAUUUGAUACAAACAUUCUGUCGGUCCAUAAAAAAAGCGCUGGGCACAUGUGUAAAACUAACACAUAAGACCUGGACAUAUUAGUAAAACUAACGUCACAUUUGGAGAUGGCGUCGGUGGGUCGUCGAGCGCGAUUCUCAAUACCCCUCCCCCGGCACACCUCCACAUGGGUCUCCCCACCGUCAGACCGUGCGGAAGCACGUCGGGAACCUCCCCCCUGUCCUGGGGGGACUGCAGAUCGACUGAAAACGCUGCGUUUAAAGCGUUCGCGGUCCACUCUCCGUGGGUCAGUUCGGCUUUGCUUCCACUCCAGGGGAAAGGUGUUGCGUUACCCCUCCCCUCCCUCCCCAACCGUCCAGGGAGUCGUCCGAUCGGGACAAAAGUUGGGAUGAAACGGUCGCCUAUGAGCAGCUUUCUCAAGGCCGCGUAGCUAAAAUCAUCGGUAGGAGUUUUGGCCGCCACCCAGACCUCAUAUCCUUUAACGGCAACAAGUAAUCAUGUUGUUGCGAUACUCCCGUUGCGUUGUGAGUCAUGCAAGUAACCGGGUUUUUUUUAGCUUCGGGAGGACAAACCUUCCUACUAGUCUGCCACGCCACGAAGAGGCAAAACCCCAUGUGGACGCCCCCCAAGUAUCCUCGGAGACGCCCCGCUUUCGCGGAAAGUAGAAAACUAACACAUUGGUCGAACUAACACUUAAGCCCUGGACACAUGUAAAACUAACUCAUAAGACCUGGACACAUGACAUGAGUGAACUAAACAAAAAUGUUAUUGCUAAAGUACCCUGUUGCAAGAAAAAGUUUGUUAUCUAAAAACUGUCAGUCAUAUUAAUCUUUCGAUUCGGUUGGUUGGCUACAAUGUCAGAUUUCUGUUCCAGGCGAAUGUCCAAAUGGUCACAAGCCAGGAGACGCCUGGAGCGAAGAAGGACAAUGUGAACGCUGCGACUGUAUGGAAAAUUGGUACGCCUGCUACAGGUAAGUAUUGGCUAGGUGUAAACAGUUGAUAUAUUGCUGACAAUUUUAAUUGUGACUGCACAGUGUGAGAAUAAUGGGUUUGAAGUAAGCGUCAACCGUGCCUCGAUGUUCACAUCUGAAAUUUGUAUCUAGAUGUUAAUAGCUUACAUUGUAUCUAAAUGUCUUACACACUAGUUGCCUUGUCUUACACAAUAGUUGCCUUGUCUUACACAAUAGUUGCCUUGUCUUACACACUAGUUGCCUUGUCUUACAGGUCGAUAAAGUAAAAAAAAACAAAAAAUGUUCAAACUGAAGCACGCUUUUGCUGGGGGUUUUAAAUACAACACAACCAAUUGAAUAGGUUCAAUUUGUAAGCCAUUUCUUACUUACUCCUACUGGAAAGACAUAUUUAUUUAGUAUCGAAUUAAGACCUACGGAGGUCCUAAGGUGGUGGAAGCUUUGACUCCUCCAGAGGCGUACUUAGGGGAACGUGAAAUGGGGGUGGGGGUGACGUCACUCGGGGGGGGGCAUUUUUUGGUUACUAUAUAGUCUUAUUAAAAGAAAUAUCCAUGUGUGUGUGUUGUAUGCGCACUUUUGGGAGAUCGCCCCAGGAAACAUUAAGCACAGUAUACCACCGCUGCCCCACAUCCUUCACGAGAAGUUCGACUGCAGUCAACCCAUUGUUUCUUAACACGACGGAAAGGGAGACAAUUAUUUUUGUUUUACAUUUUUGGUCACUAAAUCACUGAGUCCAAUGCCUGACAAUCAUCUCUUCAUUCCAUUCAUCCGUGCUGUUACCAAACGACCAAUUUCUGACAAUCUACUUUUUAUUCUAUCCACCCUUGCUGUCUGUCAUCAAAAGAAGACAGACACUCGCUCUGUUGAUUACCGUAUGAAAAUAAAAAAAAGGUUUACGACUUGUGUUGUUUUCCUUAUUCCCACCCACCCCCGCCCAUUUUGGGUACGUAGGUUAAAAAAAAAAAAAGAUUGACAUAAGUAGUUUUAACAACAAAACUUCCCUUGUUUUCCUCAGCUGUGGCGUCUAUGCCAUAGCAUUAGACCCACUGUCCUGCUACCAUUACAGAGAAGAUCAGAAAGCUUACCCGGAGUGUUGAGAAAGAUUGACAUAAAUAGUUUUAACAACAAAACUUCCCUUGUUGUCCUCAGCUGUGGCGUCUAUGCCAUAGCAUUAGACCCACUGUCCUGCUACCAUUACAGAGAAGAUCAGAAAGCUUACCCGGAGUGUUGCAAGCCAAUCAUCAAAUGUCGCGGCGAUGAAGGUUUUAACGAAACGAUGUUGCUAGGGUGAUUAA